CGAGCUGAAAGUCGAGCACAUGAAGAACGAAGAACGUAGAAGACAGGAGACACACGAGUUGUUGAUUAAACAAAUUAUUCAAGGGAAUUGUAGUCCUACGAGUAAUAGUUAGAGUUAUAGGAAAUAGGAAAGAACAACAACGAAUAUAAAGAACUCGAUUACAAAUAACCCGACUGCAUUAUGUAUUUGGUGAUGAUUUUAAUUCAGAGAAGCAAUCAGGCCAAAAAUGAUGAAACAAAGACUUAAUCUUAAAAUAUGCAAAGGCUUAGACUUAAAAUAUGCAACUGGACAAGCUUAUUUUUUUAUUUAUAUAUACAAGAAAUGCCUUCCUCAUUGCUAUUUGCCCUGAACACCGAAGGACGAAUUUAUGCACUUUCCACUUCUGGUUCAGUCUGGCGUGAGUUUUUAUAUCUGGGAUUGGAAUUUAAAAGACUCUCUGCUGUACCCCAUUUUCUGUGGGCUGUGGGAGUCGAUAGACAGGUCUAUGUUCAUGUCCAUGGAUUGGAUGUACCUAUAAGAGUGAAAGAGGAGACUUAUGAAAAUGAGCGAUGGUUGCCCCUGGAAGGCUUCAGCAGUCGUCUGCUCCCAACCGAUAGGUACCAUUUCAGUUCUGUUGACGGACUUGUUGAUCGUUCCAUUGACCAAAUCCGCUUGCCUUCGAUGGCAUGGCAGUGGGAAGGAGAUUGGUAUAUAGAUACAACAUUAGAUGGUCAACCUCUUGAACAUGAUGGUUGGACUUAUGCAGUAGAUUUUCCAGCACAAUUUGGACCAAGAAAACAAUGGUCAUCAUGUGUUCGAAGAAGAAAGUGGUGCAGGAGAAGGAGAUACAGUGCCAUGGGUGCUUGGUGUGCUGUGGCACCUUUGCAUAGAGAUCCAACACAGGAGCCCUUUAUAGAUGUGUGCAUUGGUGGCACAGAAUUAGAAGGUGCAGCACCAGGAACUUUGCUCGUUUGGGCUGUUACUGCACAAGGAAGGGUAAUGUUCAGAAGUGGUGUAUCUGCCACUUCACCAGAAGGAAGACGAUGGACUUGUGUAGCUACACCAGCAGGUUCUGAGGCUACCAGAGUCAGUGUUGGAAGUACUGGACUGGUAUGGGCCGCUUUGUGGUCAGGAAGGGCCCUGGCCAGGGGCGGAGUUACAAGAGAUGCUCCCAUGGGUGAAACCUGGUUAGAAGUCAAACCUCCUGGUGAAGGUUUGAAAAUCACACAAGUAGCUGUUGGUUCAAAUUCUGUUUGGUGUUUGACUUCUGAUAAAAGAGUUUGGUUUCGAAAAGGCAUUUCUCCUGGUGGCGGCGAAGAAGGUGCUGUCGGUGCAGGAUGGGUCGAGAUGGUUGGCUCGAUGUCACAAAUAUCAGUUGCUAGUAAUGAUCAGGUUUGGGGAAUUGGAAGUGAAGACAGAUGUCUGUACUUUCGAUCUGGUGUAAGCGCUACCGAUGCAACUGGUAAAAAAUGGAGAUGUGUCCAGGCCAAACUUCCAAUGAGUAGAACACAGAGCAUGGCAUCUUUAGCAAGUAAUAAUAGCAGACGUAGUGUCUCGGGAAGUCCUCGGGAUAAGAAACACCACAGUCUAAUGCAAUUGAAUAGAACCAACACCUUAGGUAGUACCCCCGAGCAACAUGCUGCGUUCUCAUUGCAAUUGAAUGAUCUCGAAGAGACUUCUCAUUCAGCACCUACUGAACAUUUAUUACUGCACGAAAAUGUUGAAAAUCAAGAUAAACAAAAGUGUCAGACGAAUCAACAAACUAAUAAUGUCAGGAAAAAUAAUGCUAGGCCAAGUUCAAUGGUUGAGGAGUUUUCUGUGACUGCAAAACAUUUUGAAACACAAUUGAAAAAUCCAAGAGCUUGGAGUCCUGUCAGAAGUGUUGGUUCAAUGGUUGGGACUGAAGCAAGUGCAGAUGCCGACGUCAGUGUCUUUGAUGCAGAUUCUUGUGACACAAACAGUUAUGCAGGAGGAGUUCCGGGAGACGAGGACGACUGGGCUUCUAUGUGUUGGGGCGAAGGCGGUGUUCAGGAGACUCCUGCAUGCUGGGACGGAGUUGCUGCUGGGGCCUGUAUGGUUGAUCCUGCUCAUCUUCCAAACUGGUUUAUGGAGUCGUCGUCUUCUCUUCCCCAAGUUGAGUUAACCCAACAGUGGCGUCUGGAUAUCUUGAACUCCUUAAAACAACUCAAUGCAACAGUUGAUUCCACUGAUCCCAAAUGGGAACAUUACGAAAAUGCUGCUGAAGGAGGCUCCUGGACCAAAACUGGUGAAGCCAGAUGCUGUCUGAAAGAUGACAACAUGUUUGCCGACUGUUUGCUUGAGUUGGAGUGGUUUGGAGACAGCACUUUGGACAGUGGCAGUUUGACAAUACUGAAUGCUGAUGGAGCCACAACAAUGAUUCAAAUCAGUCUAUCGGAUGUCUGUUGUGUUUGGUGCUGCAGUGAAGCUGGGUCUCCGCGUAUUGCUUUGCAGGCCCCGAGAUCUUUGGGACAUGGAGCUCCUUCAAAUAAACAUUCACCACCUCCUGUAGUCUUGCAGUUUUCGGGAGAUGCUGAUAUGGAAGACUGGCUUGCAUAUCUUACAUCAGUUUGUUGUCAAAUGAACGAAGCCAGUGGCGGUUCUGGUCCUCGAUCCUUGUGGCUGACGACCAGAUUGGGCGAUGUUUUCAACUUCGACCCAGAGCCCUUGGCCAAACAACAAAAGUUUCUGGCGGAGUCCCUUCGAGAACAAAGACUUGUUCCAAAAUCUGUGGAAUCGGUGAAGAAAGAUCUAGUCAAUAUGAAUAUUAAUGUUAAUGAAGCACUGCUGAAGAGCGAACAGGAAGACGGAAUGAUUAAACCUAGUGAGGAAAAUAAAGAUACCAAAGAAACUCCUACCACAGAUUCUAAUGUGACCAAAGGGGCUCGCAGAUAUGCCAUCUGCGUCGAUCUCCAGGCAGUUGACGCUCCUUACGAGAUGGAUUUGAAUGCCUCCUUUCCUGUUGGUACGGAACUUAGUGUUCACGGUAACGUUUUGGACGAAUCAGAAAGAUUUACAGUGGAUUUAAGAUGCCAUGAAGUCGUCACCAUAAAGCACAAGGCUGAAAGACAGAUGAGAGACAUUCCAUUCCACCUAAGUGUUCGGUUUGCAGAAGACAUCCUGGUUUUGAAUUCGAUGAGAGACAACAAUUGGCUCGAAGAAGUUAGAUACGAAGACUUUCCAUUCUUCAAAGGGGGAGACUUCACUUUGAAUAUUAAAUGUGAAGAGAAGUGCUUUGUUAUAAGCGUCGAUACAAAAGUCUUUGCAAAGUAUGUGCAUAGACUUCCUCCGGAGAGUGUCAGUCGACUGAAGAUUGGGGGGACAGUGAGGCUGUUCAAGAUUACUUAUGAAACUAACGAGAUAAUCGUUCCAAUGCAAGAAGUGUUCUGCCGCCAAAUGGGUGGUCAUCUGAGGCGUGUAGAGGCUGCCCCAGGACCCAAAGAUGCGACAGGACCUCCUUUAGCUUGGGGAGUGGCAUACGAUCGAACACCCUGGAUUUACACUGGUGGAUGGGGUGGACAUUUUCUUAAAGGUCUCGAGCCUGGUACAGGUGGUGCCAUCAACCCCAUGUCUGAUACUCAGACUUAUUUUGUGUACGAGAACCAAAGGUGGAAUCCUCUCAGUGGAUUUACAGCAAAGGGGUUACCUACUGAUAGAUAUAUGUGGAGUGAUGUUACCGGAAAGUUAAAACGAUCGAAGGAGCAUACCAGAUUACCAUCUGUCCGAUGGCAAUGGGUGUCAGAUUGGCUCGUGGACCAUCAAUGGAGUGGUUGCUCUGACGGGACAACUCUUGAAAUGCUAACAUCUGGUGGAGGAGGCGUAGAUUCUGCAGGAUGGCGUUACGCUCCUGAUUUUCCAGCCAGGAGGUAUCAUCCUCAAAAAUCCUUUGCUGACUGUGUAAGACGUAGAAGGUGGUGUAGAAGAGCAAGACUUGUAUCUGCAAGUGGCCCCUGGAGGGAGCUCGGUGGAAGUGGUGAAGUCAAAGUGUUAGACGUAACAAUCAGAGUUAAUAAAAAGGAUGACUCGAUACACAUCUGGGCUGUGUCCGCAAAUGGUCAUGCUUUGUACAGGAGAGGGGUCACUAGGAGCACCCCAGGGAUUAAAGUAAUGGGCAUAUAA